AUGCAUUCCGCUGGUAAAGGAAUCUCCUACUAUUAUCGCUUGUUUAUGAUAAUAGGUCUCGCCCAAAAUACCAUCGAACGGAGCAGCAAUAUUCUACAAGAAUCGACGUAGCUUUCCUUAAGGCUUCGACUCUUAGCGAGCUACGUAAGAGAAGAUUUGCUCGGGCGUGCUGUGGAAUCCGGUCAUUCAGCGCUGGAAUUAGAGAAAUCGAAGUUCUAAAUGAUCUUCUAAAUUAGCAAAAUCUUCUAAAUGUUCUAAAUGAGCCUGAUGUAAGUAUGUGUCAUCAGAGUAUAGUAUUUAAAUCAGUGUGUUUCCUGUUUUGAAAAGAUACUUGUAAGCUCCUUACAGUAAAUCAUUGUUGAAUUGUUUCUGGACUUAGAAAUUCGCCGAAUGUUUAUCAUGUGGUUGCCAUACUGCUAAGAGAACCGUAGCGGUCGUUCGUUUAUACUACAGCCAGGGGUAAUAUUGUACGUACAUGUAACUUUACUCGUGAUAAUUCUAGCCCAUUCGUCACCCAUUAUGAUGCGAAAGAAUUGUCCUUAUUUUUCUAGAUUAAGUAAAAUACCCACUGAGUGUAACUGUUAAAGUUUCGUAUAAUCUUGGUUUUUGAAUUACUCGACAGAUAUCGAAAAUCGUUACUUUAGGAGGUAACACAAGGUCAUCGAUUCCAUUUCAUGCACGUGAGAGUCAACUAAAUGUACGGCGAAUAAUCGUGAAUGCUUGGUAACUUCUCGUCAGCCAUUUUUAAGGGAGUAGUCAUGAAAUAUAAAUCAGUCUGUUUUUUAUUACAAUUUCCUAAACCGUUGACAUUGAGAAAUGAGUUAACUGAUUGUCAUGUCAGCUGAGUAAGUUAACAGCUGUAUUUGCUCAGGAUAUUGCUGCGUGAAAUCAAGUACGAUAAUUAAUGGCCGUGUUUCUUAUAUUGACGAGAAGUUAUUGAAUCAGAAAGUGAAAAAAGGCAUUCUCAUAUUAUAUAUAAUGCAUAAUCAGAAAAGAUCACAAAGAUAAAAAUGUAAUGUCAGAUUUUUCAAUUAAUAACUUCCUGUUCGUGAAAAAUUGUAUGGAGGAUGUAACAUAGUGAACUUGGACAUUGACUGAAAAAAUAUGUUUGCUUCACCAUCUGGCAUGAGACUGAGAUAAACUCCGAGUCUUUCGUGAAGGGAGAGAAGUUGCUUUUAAAAUUGUUGAUCCUGGCAGUAUGCCGGAUGCUUGUCACAUAUGAACUUAGUGAAGGUCUUAGUUUGCCUUCAAAUUUUCUGUUGGUUUUUUGUUACAUGUGGAAGUAUAUGAAAGUGAAAGGUCUGAGGCUUGAAUCUCCUUGAUUUUUCCUCUUUCUGCCAUCUUGGUAAAGGCCAGCCUUCCCUCAUGUCAAAGUGGCAGUUUUUCAGUCAAUAUUAAAUGAAUUCAGCAAGGUACAAGCCCCCCUGAGGCCUGAUAACUAGCAUUGUAGUUGGUUGUUAACUCUGUUUCUGCUUGCGACUCCAUCAAUCUAGUUUUCACUGGAUCAUGAGUGAUUGAGUCUUAUGGUACGCAUGUAGAUGGAAAGUGAUGGAAAUGGAUAUGCUCUGAUCAAACACACUUUCCCACUUCACAUUUGUACACUUUUAUUCAACUUUAACUCCAUCAAGUUUAUAGCCAAUAUGCUUAAAGUAAUUAUGGCAUAUUCUGUAUUUGCUUAGAUUUGAUACAUGCUUUUUUUUUUAGGAAAUAUUGUUUGUGAGAAUAUGGCAGCCCUAAGGAGUGAUUCUCCCAUGAUGGAUGAUGGAUAUCCUCAGCCAUCACUUUUACCUGGAGAAAUUGUUGUUGCUAAGGCUAUCAAUGUGCUCCGAUUUCAAACAAUGGCAGAUCGAAAGUCUGGGAUAUCUGGAGUGCUGUAUGCAACCAACUUCCGUAUGUCCUUCUUGACAAGAAACCCAAGUGCAGAAACGAAACUUAACUCUGUGUUUCAGUCAAAUCCUGAUUUAACUGAAGCUGGAGAAAUGUACUCAGAUAUGCAAAGAGAAAUGCACAUUCCACAAACUUGUAUAGAUGAGAUUUCUUAUUAUUCAAGUUCCACUGCAGAAGGAUCGAAAAUUAAGAAAGUGGUUCCUGGAUCACGCAUGUCUACUAAAGUUCAUUCCUUGGAAAUCCGUUGCAAGGACUUUAGAGUGGUAAGAUUUGGCUUAAAAUUUACUCCCAAAAAAGAUCAUCAAACCAUGGUGAAUGCAAUUUCCCAUUACAAGACACCAAGCUCCAUUGUUCUGCUGUUUGCAUUCCCCUACAGUAGAGCACAAAACUCUUUGGAAAAUGGCAAAGCCAGGCUGAACACCAUUCCAACUUUUCGAUCUCUUCCUGAUUGGCUGAAUGAGUUGAGCAGAAUCCAGGUUGAUGACACAUGGCGAGUAGCAACUGUCAACAAGAAAUUCCAGACAUGUCCAUCAUUGUCAGAGAUGUUUGUUGUACUUGCAUCCUUGUCAGAUUUGGACAUCAACAGGAUGUCACUUCAUUAUGUUGAUUCUCGUCUUCCAAUUUGGUGCUGGAGUCACCCUCGCACAGGAGUACCUAUGCUUUACAGUGGUGCAGGAAGGUAUGCUUAUACCAUAGAAUCCACUUAUAGUGACUUUUUUAACCCACUGAUCCUCAACAGUGACUUACAAUAUCACCUUUGAAUCACACAUCGAGGUCAUGAGAUUUAAGUAAAUGAUCACCAACUAAGGAAGGUCUUGAUUGUAAAACAAAUUCCCCUAGUCAGCACCUUAGAAAAUGUAUAGAGAACAGAAUGGAGAAUAUGCAUUCUGAUGUUGAGAUGUGAGGGGUUAAACAUUUCAUGUUUGUCCUAGGGGCAGAGGGGAAUUAUUCAUUUCAAACAAUAGCCAUGAUGAUCCAUUUACUUACUAGGUACUUUGCAAACCUCAUCAGCAUUUUUAUUGUCAGUCACCUCCUUCAAAUUUUUGUAAAUACUCAAUAAAAAUUCAUUUUUCUUUUUCAGACCAGAUAGUAUAUUUCUUGAGAAGGAAGAAACAUCCUUCUUCCAAGCAUUAUCAUUAAUUCCAAGCAACACUGAACACAAGGAGGUCAAGGUGAUUGAUACAACAAAGAUGUGUGCAACUACAAAAGACCUACAACAGAGCUUCCUCAAGGUCAGAGAGCUGUGUGUGUUGGAGACAAGCAAGGAGUUUUGGAGCAUUGAUCCUCAUUGGCUUUCAAGUCUGGAAACAUCAAGGUACUGACUCAUAAAGUCAACCCUUUAACCUCUAAGAUCUGAUUGUUAAUUCUUCCCCUGCAGUGCUACACAUUUCCUUGAAAAUCAACCGUGAUAACUUAGUGUGAGAUCAAGAUAACUCCUACCUGAUAACUUUGGGUAUUCUCAUUACCUGUUGGGGGAAGUUACAUGUUAAUCACUUUGGGAGUUAAGCAUUGAACAGUCCAAAAUUGUGCUGCUUUGGCAGACAAGUGGAGCACUUAAUUUCUUGUAGGGUAGAAGACUGCUGCAACAAGCAGCUGGCAAUCAAGAUAUCAGCUUUUACAUAAUGUAUGGUUAAUGCCUAACGUAGCAAGAAGUGAGCUGACAUAGCAAAGACCUCUUUCAUAAUGGCAAGCAUGAUUAUCAAUCUUUUAUGUCCAUGCCAAAAGGCACUCUUGUCAUAGCUUUUGGGGAAAAUUCUAUUGUUUUUAACCAGGUUGUCAAAGCCAGAAAGUUUAAUACAAAACAAUCUAAAAUAGACAUGCCAUUUAUGGAAGAGGUAUAUUAGCAUGUAAGGAGCUUUACUGUUAGUUGCAAUGAGAGCAUUUAUUGUCAUUUGAAGAGUAAAUUCUAAUGCAAAGGUCUUUUCACAUUAUUUUUAAGAUGGCUGAAUUAUGUACGGUUGUCCCUUGUUGCUGCUAUGAAUGUUGUGCGGUCAAUCUGUAAUGACCGGUCACCAGUUAUUAUCAAGGAAACUGGGGGUCGUGAUUUUGCUGUGGUUGUAGCAAGUCUUGCUCAGCUCAUUUUGGAUCCAUAUUACAGAACAAUAAGAGGGUUCCAGACUCUUAUCCAGAAAAUGUGGGUGCUUGGAGGACAUCAGUUUCUCUUGCGCUGUAAUCACACCAUUCAGCCUACCCAGGAAAUUGACAAGGAAGAGUCCGGAGAGUCACCAGUGUUCCUUCAUUUUAUUGAUUGUGUGUAUCAACUCACUCAGCAGUUUCCAUCUGCAUUUGAAUUCUCUGAGACAUAUCUUCAUGCUCUUCUUGACACUGUACAUGCAUGCAUGUUUGACACAUUCUUGUUUGACUCUGAGAAGCAAAGAUCAGAGAUGUGUCAAGUGGAAUUAAAAGGAAACUCCAUGGCAUCCUUGUGGGAGUUUGUUGCAGAGCAGCUUGCUGAAUCAAGAAACUCAGGGCCUUAUCUUAAUCCACUGUUUGAGUACAGAAAUUAUUUGGAUGAAGAUGAAAAUGGAGUGAAUGAGGAGUCUGUUUACUUAAGAGUGAACACCCUUGCUCCAGGUAUAAAAUUCUGGUCGGGGCGUUACCUAAGAUGGCUCCCCACAGUUCACGUGAGCACAGGAAUGGGAGAGAACUCCUCAUUGCAAUUCCAGCAGAUGAUCCUUGUGAAUGAAUUAAGGGUGUUGCGGCAUCGUUUGGCUGUCAACAAGUAUGAGCAAACUCCUGAUGCAAACUCAAUUGAUGGACACAAAAUUCGUGGUCUGGACUCCACUGAUUUUGAAUUUAGCACUGAUUUUAGUUUGGACUUGGAAACAAGCAAACUACUCACUUCUAGCAUGCCAUUUAUUGGAGAUCUGGCCCUAAGCAAGUAUUACACUGGAGAUUUGCCAUCAGCAAAUGGAUCUUCCAACAAUACAGUUGAUGUUGGAAAGUUUUGACUGUGUUAUUGUAUUGGUUGGAGUCAAGUUGGAAGCUUAGAUUAGCCAAGAAGAUCCUAUAACAGCACAGCUUUGGUGUGGCAGUGUAGAUGGUUCUUCAAGUGGUUGUUAAGGGAACUAUGUUUACAGAGAUGGCAAUGAAGUAAAUCUAGUGUUCUCCUUUUCAUGUGGUAACACAUGAAAUUUACCACCUGUAGUACCUCUUAUUACAGCCUAACAUCUUUUGGAAUUCUUUUAAAUUAAGCUGGUAAAAGGAUUGCUCUGCAGAUUUAAAAAUUGAUUUUACCUGUCAUACUUAAGAUAAGGGAGGACAGUGUAAAUGUAUCAGUUCACCAUAUAAAGGCACAUUUAUAAGUUACUGUCAAACUCAGAAAACCAUGUCCACCAGAAAUGUGAUGACCGUUUCAAAGAAGGCCAAUAAAGUUUGGCUGUUUGACCUCUGAACUUGCAUGACGUGAUAUGGAGAGAAGUCAGCCACAACGCUCUCCUGAGUGCUCACCCACUCAAAUGUUAGAACUCAACACAGAACAUGGCUGUACUUUCGAAAGUCAGUUGUUGAGGAUUCAAAAAUGACACAGAUAGCAGUGUUACAAGGAAACAAAAGAUGUGGCAGUUGACUGAUUUGGGCAUACCUAAGAUUAAGAGAAAUCCUGCAGAAUGAUUUUUUAUUCAAGAAAAAAUCUUCUUAAUAAUUUUUAAUUCAACUGGUUCAGGAGAUUUUCUUCUUUUAACUCUUAAAUUCCCAAAUUAAAUUAAUAAUUCUCCUUACUCUCAACCAUAUAAUUCUUACAGUGUUGGUUCAAAGAAUUUAGUAUUGGAUCAACUAAUUACCCCCAAAUAUAUAUUUUUCUCUGUUCUCAUCACUUAUCUGGUUGAUUUUGUAAUGAUGCUUUAAGGAGAAGUUCUUUCUUGGUCACUCAUGGGAGUUAAAGGGUUAACUGACCUGAGAAAUGCUCUUGUUAUUGCUAACUAAGCUCACAUUCAAGAGACUCAAGAGUCUAAUUAAUUUGUUAAUGUUUAUUAUUGGAGUCAAUGAAAUUAAAUAAGCUUUAAUUGAUGAGAUUGUAAAUUUUGAGUUGAGAAUUUUGAGUUACUCACUUAUAUGGUAACAAAUAUCAAUGUUUACUUCCACAAUGUUUUGAACUUUUGCCUCUUUUGGGCCAAAAUUUUAAGAUUUUUAGGAAAAAUGCUAUAUUAGUAUUUUUAAUAUUAUUAUAUAGUUAAGUUAUAAUAAGAAUGAAAUAUUCCUGUUAUAAUUAUUAUCAUCACCUUAACAAUUAUUAACUGUUUCACACCUUAAGGUUGCAGUUGUGCAGAUACUGUAUUUCCUUGAAUAUUAAGUGCACUCAGCCCCCCACCCAAAUUAGGGCCCCCCCCUCAGGCCAUUAUUUCAAACAAGUGUGAAACC